ACGACAACAAUAGAGGACGUAUAAGAGAUCGUGUGACAGAAGGAACGCCUUCCUCAGGCUCCACCGAAUCACUUCUGCGUACUCAAUUGAUAAACUCUUCAACGCAAGGAUAACAACAUGAAGCAGCUAGUCGUCCUUACGUGCUUAAUUUCCUUCCUCGCCAUAUGUACAUCUGCGUUCAAGCUUCAAGAAAAACGAGACUCAGUUGACACCGUUAUCGAAAAAGAAUCCAAGAGAGCUGGCCUGGACGCAACUCAAUUUGCUGAACUGGUGGAAGUCAUCACGCAGGGAGAGGGAAACAAUGCUGAACCUUCGGCAAGAUUUGACGAAGAGAUCGACCAAUACUUUGUUGACAAACUGGUGGACUCCGUGAAGAAGCUAGCAGAAGACCUGAAAAAGGCGCUGGAUAAUGUGGGAAAUCACGUGGUUCUCCCACUAUAGCGAACCAAGAACAAAGGCCACAUUCUUCAGAGAAAGCAUCGCUUUAUUUUUCGUAAGAACUUCUAUCGUCUAAAAUAAAAUAAGGUGCUUUUCGUCGAA